AUGGCGGGCGCCGAGGAUGGGGCGGGUCAGCAGCCGGAACUCGACGAGGAUGAGGCGGCGUAUUGCCGGCGCUGGGGCGCGCAGCACGCCGGGGCCCGCGAACUGGCCGCGCUCUACUCUCCAGGCAAGCGCUUCCAGGAGUGGUGCUGCGUGGUCCUGUGCCUCAGCCUCAUCGCCCACAACUUGGUCCACCUCCUGCUGGUGGCCCGCUGGGAGCACACGCCCCUCGUCAUGCUGGGUGUCGUUGCAGGUGCUCUCAUUGCUGACUUCUUGUCUGGCCUGGUGCACUGGGGAGCUGACACCUGGGGCUCCGUGGAGCUGCCCAUCGUGGGGAAGGCUUUCAUUCGACCCUUCCGGGAGCAUCACAUCGACCCCACAGCCAUCACCCGACACGACUUCAUCGAGACCAACGGGGACAACUGCCUGCUGACACUGCUGCCUCUGCUGAACAUGGCCUACAAGUUCCACACCCAGAGCCCUGAAGCCCUGGAGCAGCUGUACCCCUGGGAGUGCUUCAUCUUCUGCCUGAUCCUCUUCGGCACCUUCACCAACCAAAUCCACAAGUGGUCACACACGUACUUUGGGCUGCCACGCUGGGUCACCCUCCUGCAGGACUGGCAUAUCAUCCUGCCACGCAAACACCACCGCAUCCACCACGUCUCUCCCCACGAGACCUACUUCUGCAUCACCACAGGAGUAAAAGUCCCUCGCAAUUUUCGACUGUUGGAAGAACUGGAAGAAGGCCAGAAAGGAGUAGGAGAUGGCACAGUUAGCUGGGGUCUAGAAGAUGACGAAGACAUGACACUUACAAGAUGGACAGGGAUGAUAAUUGGGCCUCCAAGAACAAUUUAUGAAAACCGAAUAUACAGCCUUAAAAUAGAAUGUGGACCUAAAUACCCAGAAGCACCCCCCUUUGUAAGAUUUGUAACAAAAAUUAAUAUGAAUGGAGUUAAUAGUUCUAAUGGAGUGGUGGACCCAAGAGCCAUAUCAGUGCUAGCAAAAUGGCAGAAUUCAUAUAGCAUCAAAGUUGUCCUGCAAGAGCUCCGGCGCCUAAUGAUGUCUAAAGAAAACAUGAAACUCCCUCAGCCGCCUGAAGGACAGUGUUACAGCAAUUAAUCAAAAAGAGAAACCACAGGCCCUCCCCCCUCCCCCCCAUUCGAUUUAAGCAGUCAUUUUCCACAGUAGUACAUUUUCUAGAUACGUCUUGUAGACCUCAAAGUACUGGAAAGGAAGCUCCCAUUCAAAGGCAAUUUAUCUUAAGAUACUGUAAACGAUACUAAUUUUUUGUCCAUUUGAAAUAUAUAAGUUGUGCUAUAACAAAUCAUCCUGUCAAGUGUAACCACUGUCCACAUAGUUGAACUUCUGGGAUCAGGAAAGUAUAUUUAAAUUGAUUCCCAUCAUAACCGGUGGGGCACAUCUAACUCAACUGUGAAAAGACACAUCACACAAUCACCUUGCUGCUGAUUACAUGGCCUGGGGUCUCUGCCUUCUCCCCUUCUCCUCCCCCUGCCGCCUCCCCCUUCUUCCCUCCCCCGCUCCCUCCCUCCCUCCAUCCCUGCAACAGCCCUCCAGCUUGGGGUGGCUUGCUAGAGUAGGUGUGAAGGUUUCAGGUCGCAGCCUGUGGGACUACUGCUGGGUGUGUGGGGGUGCUCCAGCUGCACCCCUGGUUUCUUUUUUUUAAGUCUUAAAUGAUGCCCUCCCCCCUCCAAGCCAUCAUCCUUUCUCUACUUCCCAUGACUACCCUUGGCCGAAGCAUAGAUUGUAACCCCCUCUGCUCCCCUCUGAAAUUGGCCUUUGGUGAGGAAUUCAGGGCUUUCCUAUAUCUUCUCCCCCACCUUAAUCGAGGGGUGCUGCUUUUUCCUUCCUCCUCCUCAAGACCCUUUUUGCACCAUUACCACCCAACACUGUCCACGACACUUCCUUGCUUUGGCCAGAAGCCAUCAGGUAAGGUUGGAAAGAGUCUCUGACUUCCCUCAUUUAGUUUUGGAACCACAUUUACUCACUCUCCACCAGCCUGGGAAUGAAUAUUGGGUCCUCAGCCCUGCCACCUUCUGCUGUCAUCGUCAGCUGAUGCGGUUUUUUAGCUCAGGUUUUGAUAAGUGAAAAGAACAGUCACCAGGGGUACUCAGACCUGCCAGCUCUCAAAGUGCUUGGUGGUUAAACUUGGAGAAAGGCCACAGAAGACACUUGUAAGCACACAUGAUCCCUCUGAAUGAAUUGUUUUCUUUUCCUAUAAUUGCUUUGGCUUUUAAAAAUUGAAGUUUUAAACAGGGUUCUCAUGUGGUCAUCUUAACAAUCCAUUUGGGUCUAGUUUGGAAUCUGACAACUGGAACAAAAAAGAACCUUGAAUUCGGUGCAUACUUUGGUUUUGGUGCUGCUGCUUCCCACAGUCCUCAGCAGGGAUUAAGAAAGAACUCGGUGUGCACAGCAGAUCCCCGAAAUUGGCGGGCUUGACUUCCUGGCAAAUUGCUGCAUUUUUCCACUUUUCUGUUCAGGACCACUAAAUGCUGAGAUGUGGAUGCAUACUGAAAUAAAAGCGAUUCAUUGUGUUCUAAAGUUUUUUUUUUUUUUUUAAUUUAGUGUUUGUAUAAAACCACCUUUUGAAGCAGCAACUAUCAAGUCUGAAAAACAAUCGAUGUUUCCAUUAAUCUUUUUCUGGGGGAUACCUUAGAUCUAAGGAUUUAACAUCCUGUAAGUAAAGUUGAACAUAACAGUAUUCCAUAAGCAGCCUUUUUAUUGUCAGACCAUUGCCUGAUUUUAAUAUAAUAAAAAAAAAAAGUGUGCGUUAAUAUU